UUGGUAAAGAGAGCGAGGGUGUGUGAGAGGAUGGCGGCGUCGUUGCUGGUCCAUGGCAUGGAGUCUGACGAGCUGUCGGCCUCUUCGUUUGCGUUCUCUUCGUCAGACGGUGACCUGCCGCCUGCUGGCGAUGGCGUUGUCGUCGUACCGCAUGAAGACGGUGCGAGCAAGGAAGGUGCUGGCACAUCGCAGAGCGAGAUUUCCUCCGAUGCGCUGCUCGAACGGUUGCGCAAGGCCGAGGCUGCUCUGGCCUCUCGGGACGCGCUCAUUCUCUCGCUGGAAGACGACAUCGAUGCGCUCAUCGAGUCGCACCGCCGCAACCAGGAGGAAAAGUACGAUGCUCUGGCAGAGGCCGAUGAGCACAUCAAGGCGCUACAGGGCCAAAUUGCGCUACUUUCGGACGAGCUGACAAGGUCAGGUGCGCCCCAGCGUCGCCGCCGUCGCAAGCGCAUGUCGCGCUCGGCAGACGUCUCGCUCGAGACCGCCGACGCCGAUCUCGCCCGCCUCCAGGCCGACAAGGACGCGCUGGUGGCCGACCGCACUGCCCUCCAAGAGCGGCUCGCUAUCAUGACUGACAAGCAUGCUGCGCUGCAGGCGUACGUCGACUCGCGCCGCUCGCGCCGCCGUCGUCGCCGGCAUCGGUCCAAGACCGAGGUCGCCGACGCCCACGCUGCCGCUGCCUCGGCCCCCGCGCCGACAGCCGCUGCCUCGGCCGUCGCGCCGGCCGUGAAAGUCCAAGGCGAGUCAGACUCAGACUCAGACUCAGAUAGCGGCUCGUCGUCGUCAUCGUUGUCGUCGUCGUCGUCCGACUCGUCGUCUGACUCGUCCGCGGCAGACUCGUCGCCCGGCUCGGAUAAGAUUUUGCCGUCGAUGCCCGCACUCAAGCGGAUGCCCGGCUUUACCACACAGCAGGAAGACAACAUGCUGAGUCUAGCAGACCGGUACAUUUUCCGCAAGCGGCUCUUUACCGGCAACGACACGGUUGUCUUCCGUGCGUCGCCAAUGUCGGAUCCGGACGCGCACGUUGUGGUCAAGAUCUUCAACGACAACCGCUACUCGGCGUCAACGCCACCCAAGGUGGUGCAUCUACUGAGCUCCCUGCCAGAGCCACGGUCGCCGUACAUCAUUCCUAUGCUGGCGUGGCACCCGCUGCGAGAGACAGGCACCUUUGCAGUUGUCUAUCCAUACAUCGAAGACGCAUCGGCCAAGGCGCUGUACAACUUUCUUGGCAGGCUCUCGCUCAAGGCGCUUGCCUCUUUUGCGUACGACAUCCUGCUGGCGCUGCAGUACUUUCACAAGCUCGGCUUUAUGUAUCGCGACAUCAAGCCGGACAACAUCCUGUUCGACGCUGUCUCCAACCGCGCCAUUCUCAUCGACUUUGACACCGUCAUCCGGUACGAUCCCAUCGCGCCGCCCAAGACCUUUACCGGAUCGCAGGGCUACAUGGCACCCGAGGUUGCCGACGAGUGGGCGCGGUGCUCGCGCGGCUACACCCCCCAAGUCGACGUCUACUCGCUUGGUGUUCUCAUGUUUGAGCUCGUCUUCAACGUCCCACUCGACCACCGCGGCCGCAUGAAGCGCAAGUACCUGGUGGCCAAGAUGAGUCACGUCAAGCCAUCGAAGCGCAAAGAGAUCCACGACCUGCUCGACCGCAUGCUCACCGAAGAUCCGAACGUGCGCAUCACUGUCGAUGAGGCGCUCCAGCACCCGUUCUUUGCCAAGACGAGGGCUAGCCGGCGCUCACAAGGUGAGCUUGGGCCUGUUGCGCCGCAUCGUGAGCUCAUCGAGUCGAACGAGGCGCUACUCGCUGACGACGGUGCCGCCGGCCCAUGCAAGGUGCAGUAGCUCUUC